GCAUCCUUAUGGGGCUAAUCCUCUUCGGGGACUACUUGGGGACCGCACACAAACCAAGAGCGUAGACCCGAAAUCCACCCGAAAAAUCGGCAGAAAAUCGGUGGUUGGCUGUCCGUCAAAUCCCAUGACUUUCAACAUCCUUUGUUCAUCCACAACCCUAAAUUAUCACGUCAAUAUCUCUAUUUCCUCACUCUCCUAGGAUGGCGAGUCAGACCCCGAUUCUCCCCCGACCCCUGUAAGAUGAUGAUCAUUCGUUCUUAUCCAACAUGACCCCCAGACGAUCCACUCGGCAAAGUGGCCUCGCCGCCCUUGCUUGUACGGAAUGCCGGAAACAGCAUCUAAAGUGCGAUGCCCAUCAGCCAUCAUGCUCGCGUUGUACUCAGAGUGGCUUUGUCUGUCAGUAUCUUCCUUCGCGACGGGGUGGUCGCCGAAAGCCACGUCAUGAAAUCCUUUAUCACCAUCCGCAACACCGGCCCUCGGCUUCCAAACUGGGCGAUGCGUUUAGUGUCAGUGCCACCACUCAGUACUCUCCGGGGAAUGCUUCCGGAAGUAACAUUCAAACUCCACAUCACACGACCGGACUGCCCCUGCAAGUAACUAGUGCUCCCGGCCCAAUGAAUACGCCGGACAGUGGAGUCUCCUUGCAACGGAGUACUCGUCCAAGCCUCGUAGGCAUUCCAUGGCCUGCCAUACUGUCGCACAACGAUGCCAGUCCCAGUCGCCCUGAAUCGGCAGGCAGAUUAUGGGAGGAGGAUGAUCGCUGUGUCCGCUUGUUUUAUGAACAUUUCCAUGUUGCGCAUCCCAUUCUAGUCCCCAGCGCCUUGUACAAGGACCGCGACUACCCUUCUUACCUGCAACUAGUGGUCGAAUUCGUGGGGUCCCACUACCUGCCAUCCGGUCCUCGCCAGCAGCUGAAGGACAAGGUCGACGCAGAACUGACGUCUAGCCCAGAGCGAUCGCCAUGUAUGGUUCAAGCAUGGCUGAUCUACUCCAUUGCUUUGUACGCCCGUGGCGAGCGGCAAAAAGCCCAAGAGGCUUUCUCGCAAAGCGCGGAGAUUGCCUUUCAACUGGGUAUGCACCGGGGCGAUUUCGCGUCGUCUGCUCAGCCUGAGAGGUCAAUUGAAGCGGAGAGUAUGAGGCGAACAUGGUGGGAGCUGUAUAUCACGGAUAUCUUCAUGGCCGUGCCGCUGAAGACGAUCACAUUCCGAUGUACCACAGUCGCGCCGGAGGUCGGAUUGCCUUGCGAAGACUCCGCAUACACUGGGUGUGGCGAUAUCCCUCCCCCGCGCCGGAUGUUGGACUUUAAACGCAGGGUGUUUGUUGCGGAAGAAACUGCAUUUUCGUCCUUUAGCUAUCGCAUUGAGGCCGCAACAAUUCUAUGUCGCGUUUUGGUAUUGAACCGUCUGCGGGAUUACCACCGUGAUCAUCUCCAAGCUAUCGAAAAUGCCCUCGUCAGCUGGGUCAAUCAUUUACCCGCGCGCAAGCUGGACAUUGUGGACUCGUACGGUAAUGCGGACGAGAUGAUUUUUCAGGCCCACCUCAUUGUGGCGUAUGCCACCAUGCUGCUGCAUUUACCGCGCAGCGAUCUGCGCUCUCUCCUCACGCAGUCCGAUGACUGCUUUUGGCCGUCGGCGCCAUGCCAUCUCUCUUCGACAUUUCCACGCCUGGUGCAUAGUAUCAAGGCGACCGAAGCCUCGCGGCGCGUCUCCGACUCGAUUUCCAUCUGUCCCAACAUCCAGAAACAUACUCCUUUCCUGAUUCCCGCACUUGCUCUAUGUGGGAUGAUACAGCUGGCCACAUCCAUCAACCAUUCUGAAGAAUGCUUUGACCAUCACUGCAAUCGCGUCACACUUAUCCUCGGAUGCCUAAAGAGCACGAAACGGAUUUGGGGCUCCGCUGAGUGUGCAUAUGAUUGUGUCCGAUCGACUGCGGCCGACAUUCUAUCGGAUUCGAUCGAGAAGUGGAACACAGAACCCUUGAAGUCGAUUCCGACUCCUCAAGAGUCGAACGAUAUGGACCGCACGAACCAUCAUAUACCUCCAGCUGUGACUGUUGCAGAAGGGCAGGGCUUAAUGAUUCCCGAACUUGCUCCAGGGUUUAUUGAUCCGACCUGCUACAAUGCCUCGUUUUUUAAUUGUUUAGCAGAUUUUGACCUCAGCUAGAACGUAUUCUUCCCAGUCCGAAAUACCUUCUAGCCAUUGACCGAGAGGCAAGGUCACUAGAUGCUUAAUAUGUUCAACCUAGGAACCCUCUGUCAAGCGUCAGGGGUACCGACCGUCGACCGCAAUAUUACCAGCUGUUCAUCAAGCUACUGAUAAGCAAGCCAUUUUAUAUGCUGGAUGUAUAUCGCUAGAGAAAAUCGGUCUUUACGCGACCGAUAAAUCGCCCACGUCCUUAUGUUUGCAUCUACAUUGUCUAAUCGAGUAAUACCGUCUUAAACCCAUAAAAAAAGGGCCGUUUAUUAAGGUUUAUAAGCGAAAAGGUCUAUGAUAUAACCUUUUCCAACGAUACCAAAACCGGGUAAUACCGAUAUUGCUACCGUCCGAGACAUGUUGUUCAAUCCCGCUUAACCCGCCAUGGACAAGCCGAGGG